AUGACUCCUAUACAAAUGGGGGAUCCGAAAAGGCCAAUCACAGACCCUGAACAGGGAAACGUGGACAAAAAACCGAAGCCUCAAAAAAGGUACAAGAAAAAGUACAAGGCCAAAGAUGUUGAUCCCACCCUGCCGAUGGGAGUGCUCCAGUUCGAAAUCAAAGAGAUUCUCGCAGACUUGGGGCUUACCGAAGACCAUAUCAAAAACGACUUGAGAGAGAUUCUCAACGAUAAGUCGGUGGAAGAGAUUUAUCACAGAGAAGUUACAGAUGUAGAAAUUCUACGGUUAUCUUCCAAUGGUGAUGGCCUAGCAGUCGUGCAGCAUCCUGUGAGAAGUGACGGGAAGCAAAUCGUCAUUGUGCCUUUUGGGUUGCCAGGUGACCUAGUCAAGAUCAGAAUAUUUAAAUCGCAUCCAUUGUAUGCUGAGGCAGACCUUCUUGCCAUAGAAAAACCGGGUAAGGACAGAGACGAUUCCCUCAUCAAUUGCAAGUACUUCGGUAGAUGUUCAGGGUGCCAGUAUCAGAACGUCGACUACAACACGCAGCUCGAAUUUAAAAGAAACACAAUUGCCAAUGCAUACAAAUUCUUUGCACCAGUGCUCUCCAAGAACUCACAACUUCCAGAGAUCUCACAGACGCAGCUGUCUCCAAUUCAAUACAACUAUAGAACCAAGCUCACCCCGCAUUUCAAUGUUCCCAACAAAAUUCCAGAGAAUUAUACGAGGCCAAACGUCGGAUUUGGUGCCAAAGGAAGACCUCAGUGGAAAGAAACCGCUGGGGGAGAGGGCUCAAUCAUGGACAUAGAGGAAUGCUCCAUUGGCACACCUAUAGUAUUGAAGGGAAUGACCAACGAGAGGAAACGUUUUGAAGAGGAGUACAAGAAGUACAAGCGUGGAGCCACCAUUCUCUUACGUGAGAACACGAUAUUGCCUGACUCCGAGGGUAAAUUUCACAUAGAUCAGGGAUCCAAGGAUUCAAACGAUAGUAUCUCGACCAUAGAGGUUGAGCAAGACAAUAAGAAGCUCACCAAGACCUGCGUGACCGAGUCUAGAGCAAUUGUCAGAGAGUAUGUGAACGGCUUCGUGUUUGAGUUUAGCGCUGGUGAGUUUUUCCAGAACAACAACUCCAUAUUGCCUAUUGUCACCAAAUACGUAAAGGAUAACCUACGUAUUGCGAAAUCAAAGCCAGGAGAGCCGAACUACCUUGUUGAUGCCUACUGUGGCUCUGGACUAUUCUCCAUCACUUGCUCGGGAGGAGUCUCAAGAGUCAUUGGUGUAGAGGUUAGCGCAGACAGUGUGAAAUUUGCUAAAAGAAAUGCAGAGAACAACAAGGUUCAGAAUGCUGAUUUCAUUGUUGGCAAGGCUGAAAAGAUCUUUGCCAACAUCGAUACUCCGGCUGAGCGCACAUCUGUGAUACUUGACCCACCUAGAAAGGGCUGCGACGAUGUUUUCUUGAAUCAGCUUAGCACAUAUCAUCCAGCGAAAAUUGUCUACAUCAGUUGCAAUGUCCACUCACAGGCUAGAGACGUAGAGUGGUUCAUCAAUAAUACCGAGCAUGGCAAGGACUACUACGUGGAGAGCAUCAAGGGGUUUGACUUUUUCCCACAAACACACCACGUUGAGUCCGUAGCCGUUUUGGCACUCAAGUAG